CCCAGGAGGGAGGUUUUCUGCAUGAGUGGCGAAGACACUUUUUGCAAGUCGUCGUGACAAACCACUUUUUGAGGAUGUCUGAAGAUGAAGAGAAGGUGACACUACGCCGUCUUGAGCCAGCUAUCCAGAAAUUCACCAAGAUCGUCAUCCCGACAGACCUGGAGAGACUGAGAAAGCACCAGCGAAACAUCGAGAAGUACCAACGGUGCCGCGUCUGGGACAAGUUGCAUGAAGAGCAUAUCAAUGCGGGACGGACUGUGCAGCAACUCCGCUCCAAUAUCCGAGAAAUGGAGACACUUUGUUUGAAAGUCCGAAAGGACGACCUAAUACUUCUGAAGAGAUUGAUCAAUCCCGUCAAAGAAGAAGCAUCGGCAGCCAUCGUGGAAUUUCUCCAGCUCCAUUUGGAAUCUGUCGAAAACCUUAAGAAGCAAUUCAACAGUGAAGACGCUUUGUUGCAGCCUUCUUUGACCAGAUCCAUGACUGUGGGAGGAACACUCCACAGCGCGGAGGCUGCCGCAGAGGCUCCCCCUCAGAGUCUGACUCAGACGUGCGCACUGCCUGAAAUUCCUCGAGAUCAAAAUGCCGCUGAGUCGUGGGAAACCUUGGAAGCGGACUUGGUUCAACUGAGCCAACUGGUCACUGGAUUCUCCCUACUGGUGAAUUCCCAGCAGGAGAAGAUUGACAGCAUUGAAGACCAUGUCAACAGAGCUGCUGUGAACGUGGAAGAGGGAACCAAAAACUUGGGGAAGGCUGCAAAAUACAAGCUGGCAGCCCUGCCUGUGGCAGGUGCACUCAUCGGAGGCGUGGUGGGGGGUCCGAUCGGCCUCCUCGCAGGCUUCAAAGUAGCAGGCAUUGCAGCUGCACUUGGUGGCGGGGUGUUGGGCUUCACAGGUGGAAAAUUGAUACAAAGAAAGAAGCAGAAAAUGAUGGAGCAGCUCACUUCCAGCUGUCCAGACCUUCCCAGCCAAACUGACAAAAAAUGCAGUUAGAAUCCCAACUCCGGUGUGCUGGGCGCCCACAUCCUCACGGUGAUGGCAGCCUCUGCGCUCUGACAGACACUCGGGCUGCUUGGGAACCACGCGGUGUGUACCAGGACAGUGGCUGUCAGUGAUUGAUCUGUGAUCCAGGGGUGGACUUUGCCGUUGACCGGGUGUUCAUGGAGAUGGAGAGGCUGAGGCACCCUCUUGUCUGUCAGGUGACUUUUCAAGAUUGCCAAAGCGUAUUUUCUGCGGGUACACAUCUAAACUGAGCCCACCGUUCUGAUGAGGACUUGGAGUGGGUGGAAAGUCAGCGUUAUGGAAGAAGCGGUUCCUCCUGAUUGUUUCUUCCAGAUCACUGGACACCUGAAGGCCAAACACAUCUGUAGGAGAUGAUUUCGACCUCUUUGCAAGGAGACCAGGAGUUGAAGAACCUUUCUUAGCAGAUAGAGUAGUCCAUAUGUAGCUAGGGUAGGGGGACAGGCGAACUUGAACAUGGGAGCCAGUGGUCAAGCCUAUUGCAUUGGGUGCACCCCUCAAAUGUCUGGGUAAGGAUGUGAAGAAUGCAAGAAAAUGCAGAGAGAGGCUCAACUUCUCCAAAUAUCUGCAACACUAAACCCUUCUUUCUGCCUCUCUUUAAAUAAAAAUCACAGCACAUCUA